UCAUUUCCCUUCUUCGAUUUGACGGUUAAACUUGAGAGGUGUAGUGAAGCUAAGUAUUAAAGCAUUGCAGGGACAGCGGUUUAUAAAAACAUAACGUCCAAGGGUGUUUGUUUUCCGUGUGAGCAGCAGCGGUGACCGGGGUUCAUUUACUGAGGAUUUUAAACAGCAGACAGCUGGUGGGGUUUGCUCCGAGUGUAGCUUUAAGCUAGCAGGCUAACACGAGGCCGGGGUAAAGGUUUGGGAAUUUGUUUAUCCAGCUUUUAUCUGAUCAUAAAAAGGGAAACAGUGGCGGAGCUCCCUGUGGUUUGUACUUGAGCGCUUGCCGUCGUCUCAUGCCCACUGUGGGGUACAUUUAGCCGGUGAAGCGAAGAGAGCCAACCAGCCACCCAGCAGUCCCGUUUAAACAUGGAGGAUGAAGAGGUUGCAGAAAGCUGGGAAGAGGCGGCGGACAGCGGGGAAAUUGAGAGAAGACUUGAGGCAAAGCUGAAAAUAAAUCAGGAAGCAAAAAAGUCCAAUUUGAAAUCAGCCAGUUCACCUAUACGAACUGCUGUCGUAGUCCAAGAUGACUCUCUCCCAGCAGCACCACCACCUCAAAUCCGAAUUUUAAAGCGCCCUACAAAUAACGGCAACACAGGAAACCCCGCUGCCUCGUCUCGUCCCGCUCAGCAGAUGAAGUCUCUGGCCCAGAGAGAGGCAGAGUAUGCAGAAGCCCGAAGGAGGAUUUUGGGUAGUGCUUCUUCAGAAGAGACGCCUCAGGACAAUCAGUGCCAGGACAGGCCAGCUUGUAUGAGUGUGCAGCAACCACUGGAACCAGUUCGUUCAAACAAUCACGUGAUCCGUCAACCCAACGGCCCGGAUGGCACCUCAGGCUUCCGACUGUGCAGAUAGGCAGGAGCUGCCUGAUUCAAGACACGGAUGUCUUCCUGAGAGGGCACAGAGGGUGCAGUGAGGAGUGUUGUGUGUGGUAUGAAGAGCAGAGCGGUGGGACGAAAUAAAAUUUGACAGACGAUAGACAUUUGAAGAUGUAGCAUGGAUUUAGAUGAACUUCUCCACCCUCUCUCUUCUCUGCUUACUGGUGUGGUCUUUGCCUUUUGCCUUGUCUUUUCCCUCUGGAAGCUUACAAGGGGCUGGCAGAGAUCAGCCAAAGAUCCGAAAUCCUUUGUGUUCCACACUGUGAGCAGGCUUUCGCCUCACAUUCCUACACACUGUGUUACUUUGACGUACCAUGAGGUGCCCUAUGAUUUUAGGUCUGAUUGGCCGGCCGAGUGCCAGGACAUCAGGUGUCUGUCUCUUCAGGGAGAAUACGGAGAGCUUGCAGAUUUGUGGGACCUCCCCAGAAAAGGCAAGCACACGAGGUGGCCUUUCCACUGAUGAAGCGUGGGUCAUGGCUGGGUAUCCACCGGGGUACUGGCCUUAAUUUGUCGGGUUCAGUUGGAAUGAAAUGCUUGACGGUGCCAUAAAUUUAUUGCGUGUUCAGCAGCUUGAGUGAGCAGCAAUAAAAAAAAAAUUGUACUGAUGGAGCCUUUUGGUGCCUAGCAGUGUGCUUUUAAUACUGUAGUCGAUGGCAGUGGCUCAGGCCACAAGUGUCCACAAUCCUCUGUAAGGCACGAGUGGCCCUUAAAGAAAUGCCCGGUGGGCACACAGCCUGUGGCCAAAAAGAAUAGAGCUGAAGGACAGUAUCACUAAAUCUAAGCUUAUCUAAGCAAUAAUGAUGAAAUUACUCCCUUUUUUUCUUUCUCUUUUAAAAUGUUGCCCUUUUUCUGUGCUGUUUCGUUUUGUUCACAUAUGGUUUUAAACACUUCAUAUUGUUCAUGUGUUUCAUUUCUGACACAUAGUACGUAUAAGUCAGGUGAUCUGUAGUGUGUAAGAGCCUAGAAGAUGUAGUCUGCAUAGUCGUGUCAUAUUCAGUUAUAUCUAAUUGGCAGAAGACAUGAACUGAAAGUUUAAAGUGUGUUUAAAAAAAAAAAAAAAAAAAAAAGUUCCUGUGUUGUUCCUUUGCUGUUUCGGAGCAGCUCAGCUCUGGAGUUGAUGAUGGAUGAUGGAUGAUGGAUGAUGAUUUUGGUGGGUUUUCGUACCGGCUGCAGUUUGCUGAUUUAUUACCUACAGUUAAGAGUUGUAUUAAUUAUUCUGAAAUAAUUAUUUCAAGCUCAGCCUAGAUGGGGAUAUCAUCUAAAGUUUUGUGUUGGCAAAUAUUCUUCCAGGGCCAGGAAACCUUAAAGUUCUUUACCUAAUAUCAUCUUACAGUGUGGUCUGCUUGUUUGGGACCACUUUAAAAUAAGAGUUUGCCUGCAAUAACAUGAUAGUAUAGGCAAAUCCUGAUGAAUAACCAGUGCUGACACUUGUAGUAAACAGUACAUGAGCCUGCGGCAGGUUUUCAACCUUUCUACGCUGUUAUGCCUUAAAAGAUAAACAAUCCUUGGUCUCCAUCACACGCUCUCCAGCAGGUAGUGCUCAUACAUAUUUGGAGCUUUCUGUGAAAGGUUAUUUAUGUCACAAGUAAACUGCAGCACAGCACAGGAGCACAUUUAUCAACAUGGCUGGAAGUGUUGCAUUUGUGCCACUUAUUCCUGCUUCAAAAAGUAGAAGUUUUUGUUUUAGGAGAUUAUCUACAAUGAAAAGGAGGACGUUUGGACCUACAACAUCUAGAUUAUGUGCUACUAACACAGCGUUCCCUGGGAUCCUAUUCAAUUAUUGUAACAAAAUCAGUUUCUAAUCAGUUUAAAUUGAAAAGGAGAAAUAGUCAUCCUGUACCUGUGUGACCUACCCAUGAUGCUUUGCUGAAGUCAUUCAUAGCCACCUGUCUAGUGUGAAGCUCAUUUUAUGUCAUCAUUGUUUUGAAGCUUUAGGGGGAAAAAGCUCAUUAAAUUUGAAUACCCUUUAAUAAACACACUCAGCGGUA